ACACCAGAGUUGCUUUCCAGCUCCUUUUCAUCUGCAAUCCAGGGGCAGACUGGACUCAGAAUGGUGCAGUGGCAGUCGUUAUUCCACCAUUUAAUAGUAAUUCUUCUGAUGGGAGGCACAACAGAAAGUACACUGUGUAAAAGUUUGGACCCAGUUGAAGCAGUGAUUCACUUGGUCACUACACUCCAGUGCGCUUUACCAGAACAAUGGAAUAACUCCACGAAUGUUACUUGGGAUCAUCUUGAAGGAAAUAAUCCACGUCCUAUAAAUCCAUGUCAUCCUUCAACAUGCAACAACCAGGGAGACCAGAAGCAUCCGUGUGAAAGAGUGAAGGUAGAGCAGAAUCCACAAACAAGAACUGCAUCAUUGAUCAUUAGUCCUGUAGAGAAGACAGACGAAGCUUGGUAUCGAUGUACAGUGCAGACUAACAAUGGAACAAAGUGUUUUGAAAUAAAACUUGAUAUUAAAGAUGAGCUAGUACCCAAAGAGUGUACAACCAUCGGGCCAUUUGAAGCAUUGUUGAACUCAGUGUAUACACUUGACUGCCCCUUACCCAGAUCUCAUCUUAAUGCCUUACAGUUUAACUGGGGGACUACCCAAGACUUUAAGACUGUUCCUAUAACACGUUGUCCUUCACCCUGCACUUCAAGUGGAUCUGAGCAAACUCUGUGUGAGAGAGCAAAAACAAUGGAUCCGGAAAAUGCAUCAAUGAUUAUUAAUCAUGUGAAAUCUGACGAUAGUCAUUGGUUCUGGUGUGCAGUAAACAGCACUUCAUGUUUUAAAUUUAAACUCACAUUAUUAAAUUACACAACUAAAGGUAAUUUCAGUUCAACACCGAGCACAACACAACCAACAGAGAACAGUGAUAAAAGCGAUGAGGAAAAUUCAGCACACACCCUAAAUGUAUCGGUGGCAUUGACGGUUACUUUAUGUGUCAUUGUGGCUUUGCUGGCUGGAGUGCACCUAUGGCGUAAGGAGCAAAAGAGGAAAAGCAUGUGCAAAAUUGAAUUAGAUAUUACCAAUCCAGUUUAUGAAGAAGUUGAAGACAAUGAUACGUUCUUGUAUUGUUUGGCUAAUCCGGAACCUGCAAGCACACACACUUUCAAGGACUACUGAAUAGAGUGGGUCAUGCAUUUAGACAUCCAGUUUUGCUCACCUAACCAUGGCCUUCUUAUUGACAGGUCAAAUUUGUCUUUGAUGUCAUUUAAAAAAAAUUUUUUCACUGCUAAUAAAUACAGAUCAGUUUUUUGUAAUUUAAAUAAAUAUGGAUAUGU